AUACACGCACACACACACUUAAAAAAAAAUAAAAUAUAAAUAUAGAAGUACAGAUGUUGAACAUGUAUAUCCGUGCAAUUUUGCGUAUGUAAUACAUUUCUGGGAGAACAUGAUAUAACACAGAGUGGAAGCCUGUCAUUAGGUUAGGUCCUAUAUGAAGCACUUCAGUAGGGAAACGUGAAUCAGGUAAACCCAGGACCCUAAUGCCUGUAUUUCAUAGUCCGUAUGUUCACGAUGUGAGUCAGCGGUGAAGGGGCGGUUCAGCCUCAGCCUGAGGCUGAUGAUAAGGCACUGCGCUCUAAAACGCUGAAAGGGACCGGUAUUUUCUGCCAGUCUCGCCCUUUUGAAGGCUAAGAAUGGGGGGCGGUAAAAUUGCAAAGACCCUGCUGUGCUAUCUUAUAUCAGCGGAUUUGAGCGAACCAUAGCUGAAGCUAAAUAUAAACCUGGUCAAUCUGGAAUCUAAUUCCUCCUACUUUUAUCCUUGGAUGUACUACAGUGAAAUGGUGGAGGGAAGCUCUUUGUAAACAAAAUAACAAAAAAAAAAGAAACAGUACAUGCCUAUUUUGUUUUGUUUACUGUACAAAGCUCUUAUUGAAUUGCAUAUAUACUCUUUUAUUUGCACAUUUACAUUUGUGUAUCAUGUGAAUAAAGUUUUCAAUUCAGCACUCAAGGAUUUUAUAAUCCACUGGGAAUCCUCUUGACUGCUAAAUAUGAAUUAUUAAUUCCCUUCCACGGCCUACCAGCCUGGAUCAUCAGGAUUGCCUUAAAUAUAAAUAUAAUUAUGAACAUGGUGUACAGAUUCCAAUAGUAGUUCCCACUUGUUCUGCAUAGGCUAUGUAGGUUAUUUUAUUCAUGAUAUAAAGUCAUGCAUUUUCUUUGAACAUUAUUUUAGCUUGUGUUUGGCCAGGAUGAUCUGAAACAUGGGUUCAAAGGUUAAUGAUGGACCAUGGCAAAUGAAAACAUAGGAAAAUAAAGUAUUGUCAUGUGGAAGAAUACAAUGUUGUGUUUGUGUGUGUGCGCGCAUGUGUGUGUGUGUGUGUGUGUUGAGGAGAGUGGGGUUGGCUCUAUUUAGGAUUUUCCCAUAAAAAUUCAUGUUAAUACUGUCUGCCAUUUUCAAAUAAGUGUUUUUGAGUGGUCCCCUCACCUCCAUCCAUUUGCGCUCAGAGUGUUGUGAAAGAACACAAUGUGUUUUCAUAGCUUUUAUAUAAUUUUGAAGCUGCUUUGACUGUAUUUCAUUCGGCUCAGGGUCAAGCCUCCGGGAUUGUCCAAGAAGGUGAUGUAAAUGCCUGCACUUCGCUAUGGAUGGCUUUUCAGGAGGGUCGACCCCUCCCCCCACCUCGCUUGAAUUUCUCUCCUUUUUGAGGUGCUCGUAAAUCUUUUCAAGGUGAUGCUUUGCAGAGGUCUAGGGAGGCAAUCUCAGAAUCCAGACUGCAACAGAAAUUGAGUGGCCACCCUGAUAGGUAUGACAUUGCGUUGUUGGGCAUUACACCUCUCAUCUAACGUUCGCCACUCUUCCAGGCUGUGGAAACCAUUUUAAACAAAAAAGCGAGUCCGGACAAGCCUGGUUGAGUUGAAAGGCUCAUUCUCCUAAUCAAAUACUCUUAUAUUCUUUUGCUAAAAUGCACUUUCCAUUUCCAUUAUAUUUUAAGCUGUGCAGUUUUAUGGUGUGGUAUAUAUGCUAUGUGUUUGAGGAAAGCAUUUUUUUAUUCACCCUAACUGUUUGGGGUGGCUAAUAUUGUGAAAUUGCAUGCCUAAAUUGCAUCCAGAAAUGGUGUAUAACUGGUUCUGUUCAUAACUCCUGCACGUAGGAGGGCAUGAUAAGACCUGAUGUAGGCUUUGCAUAAGUAACACGAUUGUUGUUAUCUCCUUUUAGCUGGGUUAGCUAGUCUGCUGGCUAAUUGUUUCUGCUUCCUUCAGUCUACUAAAGUUGCUCCCAUUGUUUUAAAGUCCUUUUUUGAAUGUUUCAUACCUAAGCCUGUGUAUGUACAUCAUGAAAAACACCGCAUUUAUCCUGCCAGCUUAAAGGCCUGCUGGCAAAAUGGCACUCAGGUUAGUUUCUGUUCCCCAAUUACAGCUCAGUGUACUUCUCUUCCCUUACUGUUUUGAUUACUUCAGCAGCCUUAGUUCCCCAAGUCGUUACGCUGAUUGUCUUCUUUUUUUUUCUUCUCCUUUUUCACUUUGCUCAUUUUAUGUCUUAGUACAGCGAAACAAAUAAAGGGGCACACAUGCGUUUCGUUCCAAAUGUUAUCGCGGCAACGGCACUCCACAGUCCACUCUGGUGGUAAUUCACGUCAAAACUCUGGAGCACUGCCCAAUGCUACGUUUGGAACCAGGCCGAGUUGGUGCCAUCCACUGUAUAGGCCACACUCAUGCAUGACCUAGUUAGUGAAUCAAGAUGCACAGAGUUCUGUUAGCCAAUAUUGAGUCCUUAACCACAUUUGCACAAAGACAUUCUACUUCCUCCACCAGUCAACAUUAGUUUGUCUUUCAUUUGUAUUUGCUGCCAAAAGGCUGAUAAGUGUUUCCCCUUCAACAUUUCAAAAGAUUUUCACAACUGGCCAUGCUUGAUUUUAAUAGGUGUAAGAAUCCGUUAAUUCUAGUAAAUAUGAAUAUGAAUGUGUUGCUAAAUGUGAAACUGCAGGAUGAUUCAGAAGCACGUGCUUGCUUUCUGCACUUCAGAGUACCCAGAGAUGCACAUUUGACUGUCCUGUUCAAAAUAAUUUCUGAUAACCUUGUGGGAUUUUCUUUAGCUUUUGCGGUUUCAAUAAAAUGGUUUGGCUUUGUGAAGAACUCUAUUGAAACUGGUGAAGGUGAGAGCUGAAAGGGAAUACAAUGCUGUCAUUAUAUAAUAGAAUAUCUCUAUCGGCAGAGUAGAGAUGUUUAUUUUUCUUUUAUCUUUUUUUUUAACCACAGAAUGUACAGUACGCUUAUAUGUCAGUACAUUCAGGCAUAUUGAGAUAUUUAUUAUGACAAUUUAAUGGCGUUUCAGUGUUUGCAUUGCUUUUGCCUAAAAGUGAUGCUUAUUAUUCCUGUGUUCUACUCAGUGUUUUGCCAUAACUUGCACAUGCAGAGAAGAUGACAUUUUAUUUUUAUGUGCUUUGUGCUUUGUGUUGCAGUAAAGCAAAGUAGUGUAAUAAUUAUUCAUUGUUUUUGAUUAUGAUUGUGGGCUGUGCUAAUUACUGCUGAUAAAAAUCAUGCGUAAUUAUGAUCAUCCUUUAUGAUAUGCCAAUGAUGAGUAGACAGUAUGGGGGCUUUCAUAAUAUAAAACAUUGUGGGAUAAGAUUUUAUCUUGGGUUUGUAAAAGCCAUGGGUAUUUAUCAUAUUCAUUUCUAUUUACAUUAAUUAAAUUUGGAUAUUAAUUAGAAUGUAUCAGUAAGCCCAAAUACAGUGCAUACAUGAUUGCCGAAAUGUAUAAAACAAAUAAUUUACUGCUCACUUAUUAAUGUUUAAAACACUUCUAAGCGACAUAAAUAUAUAUGACAAUCAUUGGAAAGCACAUGAUGUAUAUGCCUCUUCGUAUGAUAUUUGUAGAUGUCCUUUUUGAUGUUAUUAUUUUGGACCCAUAGGAAUAUGGGUACCGUUAGAAUACAUUGGGAUUUAAGCAUUUUUAUUAGCCACUGCUGCAUGCUUUCUACUUUGUACGUAAAUUUAACGUAUGUUAUACACAGACUAGCAGGGAGUCAUGUUUGUUUAGGAGACAAGCAGUAAAGACCUCAGAUCAAUAGGGAAGCAAUCGAUCUGUACAAGGGGGAUGGUGAUUCCAUGAAUCAUGUCUAAUCUGUGUUGUUCCCACAGCCCACUGCCAUUGGCUUUGUUCCAUGGCCGCCCACCCCAUCUCUAUCGUUCCUUACUGAUGUCGGCUCAGCUAUAAAUAGGCGAGGCUAUGAGGAGAGGGCCCAGCGAUGACUGAUGUGGAGCCUGUUGUCACCGAUUUCGCAGCGACAGGGAGGACCGGGCGACGAAACGCCCUUCCCGAUAUCCUAGGGUCCACCGCUGGGGCCGGCACCGCCGACCUUCCAGACAAGCUGGCCCAGCUGUCCGUCAGUGCAGAUGACAGCGAGCAGGGUGCAGAGGGGUCAGCGGCGGAAGCUUCCGGAAGCUCAGACGACAAGGAGAAGGCGGAGGGAACGUAAUGGCCUGAGGGCGCCCGGCGAGCUAAGCCUGUGACCCCACCCGAAAAAACAAGAGACCCAUGGGCCUCCUCCUCACCACCACCACCCCCCCCCCACUUCCCCCCUCCCCCCAAAAAUCUCAUUGACCAGACAACUGUAACCUACACGUGCAGUGCUAUGCAACAUCGCCAACAGCUGCAGCUGAAUCCAGGCUCCGGACAACGGGAGGCUGUUGUUUUCGCUUGUUGCAGUCAAGCUGCGGGAUGUCAGUCAACACACAGUCGAUAAAACACCUGGAUAGACGUAACUCGGAGAUGGCUUCGAUCCGUCUUUCCGCCCGUUACCGUGUGCCGCAAACCAACCGAGAGACCAGUGCCAGAGUAGCGCCAUGCGUGGAAGUGUGCAGCGUUCUUUCUGUAGGUGAGAGAGGGGAGUUCUCCCAUGUGACAGGUGUAGCAUUCCCCCACUUGACAGGUGUUGCAAGAAAAAGCGUUUUCGCCGAAUGUCGACUCGUAGUUGCAGCAAUGUCUAUUUUUGCACAACAAAGGUAUAAACAUUCCUUUUGGUGACGUGAAUACAGUUUUUAUCUUAUACUUGUGGUUAAUCUGUGUGCUUCAAUAAGACCUCUACCUUGUGUGUUUUAUACUGUCAAAUAUCCAUAAUUAAUUAUUAUUACUGACAGAAAGUUGUUUAAAGUAUAUGGUAGUUUCCCCCCCCCCCCCCAGUACUUGUUAAAGUGUUUACAUUCUGUUUGCAACUAAAGGCAUCACUUUAGUGCCCAUCAACUCUUAUAAAGGUUAUGCUCCAUGUGCUGCAGUGUUGUCAAUACUUGUCAGAUCUAACUGUGUGAAACAGUCCGUGACUAUUGGGUCAGCUGUAGUUUGUUGUCAUCGUACAAGAAGAAAGGAUAAAGGACCAUCCAAGUUCCUCAAUGGACCGUGGACCAUAUUAUGGUUAUGAACAACCAUUAGACGAGUAGGAUGGAACAGAUUUUCUGGAUUCAGUGUAUUUAUUUUUUUAAUUGUUGAAUCUAAUUACUUUUUACAGUGUGUUGCAAUAACAAACCUACAGAUUUUCCUCUGGUUGUUAACUUGGCCAUGCUGUUACUAGAAUGAUAUUGUCUGUUGUAAGUUACACAUGAAAUACCAGGUGUAAAAAAUAAAUCCUGUACUUAGUUUUCUUUAA